AAAACCAAACUUGAAGUAGGCUUAAACUCAACUGCUUUCGGAUUUUCCCCAGAAAGUUACAAUUUCCUAGUAGCUUUCGUUAGAAGUUCUACAAACACUAGAAAGAAAUUCAAAUAUAUUUAGUUCAAACGUAUUCCCAAUAUAAUCAUGGAAUUUCCCAUACCAGAGGCUCAAUAUUGGGACGUCUCAAAGAAGUCCCAGAAAGACCGGCAGAUGAUUCGGAAAUUCGUCCCCGAGGCCGUCGAUCUGGCCACCAUAAGUCGGGGAGAGAUCUACAGGAUUGACACCUUCUACUUGGAGUGCCAGAAGUACAGGGAUCAUUAUCGCGACCCCUACGGCAAGGUGCAUUGUCCGCCAUUCUUCCACUUGCACAAGGGAAAGUGCGGAAUCAAACUGGACCAGAGCGUGCUCCGAAUGACGCAGGCGAUUGCUGGAACCUUGGACCGCCAGCCAAUAGUGUUUCCCCUGAUUCCGAGCAAGAGCAUGUUUCUGGGCGGUAGCAUUCCAAUGGGGUCACAUACAUCCAAAAUUGGCGUCACAAGUUAUCUAAGAUGACGUGUUUGAAAAUUAUAGCACUAGCAUAUGCUAAGAUUGUUGUUUGCAGCA